AUGGAAGCCAACAACCGUAGCGUGGUAAAGGCCUUCAUCAUCCUGGGCUUCUCCAGCAUGCCACAUCUCCAGGCCUUGUUCUUCAUCUUGAUCCUGGCUACCUAUGUCCUGACAGUGACUGCCAAUCUGGUCAUUAUCUCAGUGGUGAAGGCCAACCAACACCUGCACCGCCCCAUGUAUUAUUUCCUGUGCAGCUUCUCCUUUCUGGAGAUCUUAUGUACCACCUCCACUGCGCCCAAGAUGCUGGAGAGCUUAGUUGAAGUUAGGAGUACUAUCUCUGUGGCUGGCUGCAUAACCCAGCUCUACCUUUUCUUCGCCCUGGGCUCCACCCAGUGUUUCCUCCUCGCCAUCAUGGCUUACGACCGCUACCUGGCCAUCUGUCACCCACUGAGGUACCCGGCCAUCAUGACCAUGUGGAUCUGCACCCGACUGAUAAGGGUGGUCUUGCUGGGUGGCUUCCUAGCCCCCUUGCUGCCCAUUAUCUUCAUCUCCCGGCUCUCAUUUUGUGGGACUGAGGAGAUCCAACACUACUUCUGUGAUGCGGGGCCCUUGCUGAGGCGGUCCUGUGACGACGCCUCCCUCAGCUCCACCCUGGUCUCGGUGCUGGCCUCCUCUGUCAUCCUCAGCACCUGUCUGCUCACCAUAAUCUCCUACGGGCACAUCAUUGUCACUAUCCUGUGCAUCCCCUCAACAACAGGGAGGCAGAAGGCUUUCUCCACCUGUGCCUCACACCUGGCUGUGGUGGUGGUCUACUACGGCACGGCCAUCUUCAUUUAUGUCCGGCCCAUCUCCCGCUCCUCCUCAGAGCUGGACAAGGUGGUGUCGUUCUUCUACGUUGUGAUCACUCCACUCCUCAACCCCAUGAUUUACAGCCUGAGGAACAAGGAGGUGAAGGAUGCCCUGAAGAAGGGGCUGACAAAGAACACAGUCUUCCCCAAGAGCUGGCGGGCCUUCAGCAUGGUGUGUGGGUAG